AUGCUGCAGAAAUGGAAAGAAGGCAUGCCUGAGGAGAUGGUUCCCCAAGAGGAAGGUGGUGAAGAAGAGGAAAAGGAAUCUGACCCUUGUGUGGAGGCAGAUGAUGAAAAGAGAAACAAGUACAUUGGAGCCAAGUUUGCUAAGCUCAGGAAAGAUGGAAAGAUUCCAGCUUCAAUACUUCAGGUUUAUGAUAACUUGGAAAGCAGGCAGCUCAAGACAAAGAUGUUGAGCAAAAUGUUCAAGAAGAGCAGCACAGGCAAUUGGAUGCUGUGCCAAGAUAAACCAGAGUUUCAAGCCUUCAUGCGCCACAGAGAGACAUUCUUCGCACAGGAGAAAGAGAAAUCCUACCCCAGGGCUAUCAUGAUUCAUCGCUAUUUCAAUGGCAAUGAACAAGCCUUCAGGGCUGCCUUGGAGGAUGGUGACAUUAGUGAAGUGAAAGGAAAGAAUGGCAAGAUCAUGUAUUCUUUUGAGCAAGUGUCACAGGGGAAAAGCAAGUCUUCAGAGACAGGCGCCAACCUUGCAGCUGGCAAAUUCAAGCUUUCAGCCAAGGGCUAUGAGGCCAUGAGGAUUGGCAUGGGUGGCUUCAAUUGGAAGCAGUUCAGCUUGGAGGCAGGGUCAGGCCACUCAAAAGAGAAAGCACAGCUGGCAUUGCCAGCUCCUGAAUGUGAGCUGAAAUGGGCCUUGGUUGAGAAGACACUAGCUGAAGCAAAGGAAUGCCAGCAAAAGUUGCUGAAAGAAGCUUCCAAGUACAUGACCAAGGUUCAGGACCAGCCAGAUCUGAAGAUCAAGUUCAAAGAGGCCUAUGGCAUGAUCACCAACAACACCAACUCCCUGCAGAACAUUUUGAUUUGGAAGGAGCCAUUUGUUGAGUUGCCCAAUGGCCCACCAACAAAGGCACAUGUGGAUGAGUACCUUGCAGGGCUUGCCAAAACAACUUCAGAGGCCUUUGAGAUGUUUGAAGAGGUCAAGGGCGUGUUGAAAGCAAGGCGAAUAGUUUAG